AUGUCUACCCAAUUCACCAUCCCUAAGACUCAGAAGGCGGCGAUUGUCGAGGCCAAUGACCAACCCCUCAAGGUCAUUGACACCCACCCCGUCAAGCAGCCAGAGGAGCUCGCCCCCGGCGAGUGUCUCGUCGAGCUCGAGUGCUCCGGUGUCUGCCACACCGACCUCCACGCCGCAAAGGGCGACUGGCCCCUCCCGGCUAAGCUUCCUCUCAUCGGUGGUCACGAGGGCGUCGGUCGCAUCGUCGCGAUCGGUCAGCACACCCAGGACUCCCCCGUGAAGCUCGGCGACCGCGUCGGCAUCAAGUGGCUUGCGUACUCGUGCCUAGACUGCGAGCCCUGCCGCAACGGCCUCGAACAGAGCUGCUACAAUAACAAGCUGAGCGGCUUCACCGUCGACGGCACCUUCUCGCAAUACGUCGUCUCCUGGGUCAGCCACGUCACUCCCAUCCCGGAGAAUAUCGACAGCGCCGAGGCAGCGUCCAUCCUUUGCGCAGGUGUCACCGUCUACCGCGCGAUCAAGUACUCGCAUACCAAGAUCGGUGACUGGAUCGUCCUCCCCGGCGCCGGUGGAGGUCUCGGCCAUCUCGCUGUCCAGUACGCCGUGGCCAUGGGCCUGCGCGUCGUCGCCGUUGACACCGGCGCGGAAAAGAAGGAGCUCGUAAUGAAGCUCGGCGCGGAGAAGUGGGUCGACUUCAAGGAGACGAAGGACCUCGUCGGCGACAUCCGUGCCGCGACGGGAGGGCUCGGCGGGCACGCGGCGGUGGUCACGGCUGCGACGGGCGCGGCGUACGCGCAGGCGGUCGACUACCUCCGGCACGGUGGUACGCUGAUGGUCGUCGGCCUGCCCGCGCGUGCGAGCUUGAGCGCGGACAUCUUCUUCACCGUCGUGAAGAGCAUCAGCAUCCUCGGCUCGUACGUCGGAAACCGCCAGGACGCGCGCGAGGCGCUCGACAUUGCGUCGCGCGGGAAGGUCAAGUGCCACUAUGUGCUCAAGCCGUUGUCGGCGCUCACUGAGACGUACGAAGGGCUCGAGAAGGGCGCCGUCGUCGGCCGUGUUGUCCUCAACAUGAAGGAGUAG